AUGUCUAACAUCAGAAUGUCUUUCUUCAAUACUGACAGUAUUACUUGUGAUUUUGUGCGGUUACCCAUGAAAUCAAGGGCAAGGUCUCAGCUUGUCAGCGAUGAUGUGGAUAGAUGCGAAAACCUUCGAUUUGAUGGGCAAUUGCGAGACCUCGAGGAAUUCCAAGAUCUUCUAGGGUUGAUUAUCGUGAUGGAGAUGACGCUUAGCCAUCCGUAUGGUCAACUUCGUUGGCAAGUUCGAGUAGUGUAUCUAAGUGGAGGUUGGGGGAGUGGAUCCAGACCGGGUUAA